AUGGCGGCUCUCCUGCAUGGGGAGGCGCCGCCUUUCGUUCGACCAGCGAAGACGUUUGCAUCUGUUCUUUCGGAAUCUCCGUCAUCCGCAUCAAGUGGUGUUGGCCUUCUUAGUACAUACAAGGGGGAGCCUUCGUUGGUGAUUUCUCGUCAAGAUAUGUUGCAGAUAGCAGCGCCCUACUCAAAUGCGUUGGUCGGCAGAUUUGCCGUAGGCCGCCCUUCCAUGGAACUUAUUCGCAAGUUUAUUGUUUCGUUGGGGUUGAGGGGCGAGUGCCCAAUAGGUUUGUUAGAUUCCAAGCACAUUCUUUUACGUCCAUCAGAGGAGGAAGAUUACACCAGGCUUUGGUGUCGUCGGUUUUGGUAUGUUGGCAAGUUUCAUAUGUCUCUGUCGAAAUGGACAAUUGAUUUUAAACCAGGAGCCGAGUCAUCCAUUGCACCAGUUUGGGUCAAUUUUCCGGGUCUUCCACUGCCGUUUUUUGAAAAGCAAUUUCUGCUUAAACUUGGUACCCUACUUGGCCGACCUUUGAAAGUGGAUGAAGCUACGGCUUCAUUGAAACGCCCUUCUGUUGCCCGUAUUUUGUUGGAGGUUGAUGUAUUGCAACCUCCCAAAUCUAGGAUUUGGAUCGGAGAUGAUCAGUGGGGUUUUUGGCAAAAAAUUGAAUAUGAAGAUUAUCCUUCUUAUUGUGGGUUUUGCUCGUUGAUUGGCCAUACAGAAGCCAUCUGUCGUCGCAAACAUCCGGAAUUGAGGCCGGUUCGUUCUGGUCCAUCAUUUAAAACGCACGUCAGACAAGUUUUUCAACCAAAGGGGGUAUCUGUUGUUGAUGACUCUCUGCCUGUUGCGGGUUCUGGGGUAGUGGAAGUUCCGGGGAUACAAGCGCCAGAUGCACCGGUGGCACCGGAGGCUACUGCUGACUUGCCACCUCAGUCUGCUAAUCCUAGUCAGGGAAAUUUUCCUCAAGCUACUGUACUUGUUCAUGUUCCUGUUCUUUCAAAUACGUCUCUGGGGGCUGAUGAAGAUACGCAUAAUUUGCUUGCCUUAGGUCGCCAUGUUUCUUCUUCCCCGUUUCAGGAGUUAUCAGAUGAUAUCCUCAUUUCUGACGGGGAUAAUCGUGGGCUGCUAAUUGCAACUGUGUCUGAAGGGCCGAACCAUGAACGGCAUUCCUCUUCGCUCUCUCCUAUGCGGAAUCACGAUCGUGUUCGUCUGGUGCGGUCUAGUUCUGAAGGGCGGUCAGGGGGGCGAGGGAUUUCUUUGGUGGAGUUCAAAAGUUUUCAGGAUCGCUUACCCAGCAGAAUCAAAGCAUCUAAGCUUUGUUAUGAUCCGGUUGGAGGGUGUCUGGAUGAUACGGAUUCUCAAUUACUGCAAAAGUUGAUUCAAGGACACAAGGGUCGUCCUAGGCAGUCCAGGAAACGAGAAGAAGCUGCGGAUCAAUUGGUCCAUGUCUAUUUGUCUUUCCCUUCUGGCUCUUCUUUUAUUAUUUCAGCUGUCUACGCGAAGUGUAACAGAAUUGGUAGGAGAAGGCUAUGGGAGGCUUUGGAGCAUUUUUCCAUGUCCGUUACUCUACCGUGGAUUGCUGUAGGAGACUACAACGUUAUUACUUGCGCGGAGGAAAGGAUUGGAGGAUCUUCUCCGAAUAUGCGAGAUUUGGAAGAAUUCAACUCAGCUUUACAUCGCAGUGGCUUAUUUCCAGUUCAAUUCGAUGGGUCUGCUUACACAUGGGCCAAUGGUCGCAUGUGGCAGCGGCUGGAUCGAGCGGUCGUUAAUGCCGCCUGGCUCGCAGAUGUUGAGAUGACUAGAGUAGCUCAUCUUCAACGGGGGCGGUCUGAUCAUUGUCCGUUGCUAGUCAAGGGGGGUAGUACAUCGACAAGGCGAUCAUCAUUCCGGUUCCUCAAUGUCUGGCGCGGUCACUCCAGUUUUCAACAAACAGUCAAGUUGGCGUGGUCUCAGUCUGUUUCUGGAGUGGGAAUGCAGAAAUUCUUUAAUAAGUUACAGGUGGUUAAAAGAGCUUUAUCUCGAUGGAAUGUGGAGGUUUUCGGGAAUGUCUCUCAAAGGGUCAAACAGGCAGCGGACAAUUUAUUGGCCAAGGAAAUUUUGUAUGAUCAGAAUCGGGAUACGGUGUCUAGGACGGCAGUUCACGAGGCUAGGGCACUUCAUUCUCGGGAGCUAGCAUUGGAAUGUGAAUUUUGGAGACAAAAGGCUGCGAUUAAAUGGAUCAAAGAGGGUGACGCUAAUACCUCUUUUUUCCAUGCAGCAGUUAAGCAAAAACGCAGUUGUAAUUUUAUUGCACGCAUCAGGGGAAGUGGCGACAGUUGGUUUGAUAGUAUAGAGGAUAUUAAGCUGUCAGCAAGUGAUUUUUUCUCCACGUUGUUCACAGCAGACCGCGCUGCAGGUUCUUGCAUCAGGCCGUCACUUGAGCUGCCUAAACUUACGACAGAAGAGAACGAUUGUUGCUGA